AUGGACUCUGCAUAUGAGAUGAGCCACAUUCGAAAGCUCCAGGCACAGCACAUGCGGAUGCAGGAGAAGACUUUCACCAACUGGAUCAACAACAUCUUCCAGCACAGCCAGGUGGGCAUCAAGAUCCAGAACCUGUACACAGAGCUGGCCGAUGGCACCCACCUACUGCGGCUGCUGGAGCUCAUCUCGGGGGAGGCCCUGCCACCCCCCAGCCGGGGCCGCAUGCGAGUACACUUCCUGGAGAACAGCAGCCGAGCUCUGGCUUUCCUCAGGGCCAAGGUGCCAAUACCCCUCAUUGGGCCAGAGAACAUCGUGGAUGGAGACCAGACACUCAUCCUGGGACUCAUCUGGGUCAUCAUUCUGCGUUUCCAGAUUUCCCAAAUCUGCCUGGACAGGGAGGAGUUUGGGGCCAGCGCAGCCCUGCUGUCUGCCAAGGAAGCUCUGUUGGUCUGGUGCCAGCGGAAGACGGCCUGCUAUGCCAAUGUCAACAUCACUGACUUCUCCCGCAGCUGGAGUGACGGCCUCGGCUUCAGUGCCCUUAUCCAUGCACACAGGCCAGACCUGCUUGACUACUGCUCCCUGCGUCCCGAGCGCCCACUACACAACCUCGACUUGGCUUUCUGCGUAGCUGAGCAGGAGCUGGGCAUUGCUCAGCUGCUGGACCCCGAGGACGUGGCUGCUCUCCAGCCCGAUGAACGCUCCAUCAUGACCUACGUCUCCCUCUACUACCACCAUUUCUCCCGCCUGCACCACGAGCAGACUGUCCAGAGGAGACUCGCUAAGAUCCUGCUUCAGCUCCAGGAGACAGAGGAGCUGCAGACCCAGUACGAGCAGCUGGUGGCCGACCUGCUGCGCUGGAUUGCGGAGAAGCAGGUGCAGCUGGAGGCACGGGAUUUCCCAGACUCCCUGCCUGCCAUGCGCCAGCUACUGGUGGCCUUUGCCUUCUUCCGCACCCAGGAGAAGCCACCACGGCUGCAGCAGCAAGGGGCCACAGAGGCCCUGCUCUUCCGGCUGCAGACGGCACUCCGAGCCCAGAAUCGCAGGCUCUUCCUGCCUCACGAGGGCCUGGGCCCCGCAGAGCUGUCCCAGCGCUGGGCAGUCCUGGAGCGGGCAGAGGCCUCAAGAAGCCAGGCCCUGCUGCAGAGGAUCCUACAGCUAGAGCGGCUGGAAACCCUGGCCCGGCGCUUCCAGCGCAAGGCAGCCCUCAGGGAGAACUUUCUGACAGACACAGAGCAAAUGUUGGACCAGGCCACAGCUGCCACUCCACCAGCCAGCCUGGCCACAGUGGACGCAGCUGCCCAGAGACUGGGCAUGCUGGAGGCCAGCAUCCUGCCCCAGGAGGGGCGCUUCCAGGCCCUGGCCGAGAUCGCAGACAUCCUUCAGCAGGAGCAGCACCAUGGCUGGGCAGAUGUGGCCCGCAGGCAACUGGAGAUCACUGGGCGCUGGGAGCAACUCCUUCAGCGUCUCCAAGGGCAGAAGAAGCAGAUGGCAGGUCUGCAAGCUGUGCUGAGCCUGCUGCAGGAGGUGGAGACUGCCUCCAACCAGCUCAAGGAGCUACAGGUGCUGGCCAGCUCCACAGCCUGUGGGCAGCAGCUGGCUGAGACAGUGGAGCUGCUGCAGAAGCAUGACCUGCUGGAGGCCCAGGUCUCAGCCCACGGGGCCCAUGUGCGCCAUCUUGGUCUCCAGACCUCGCAGCUGGAGUCCUCCCUGGGUACUACUGUGGAGGUGCUGCAGGCCAAGGCCCAGGCACUGGCCCAGCUUCACGGGAGCCUGGUAUCUCUUCUAAGGGCCCGGCGCACCUUGCUGGAGCAGACCCUGCAGCAGGCAGAGUUCCUGCACAACUGCGAGGAGGAGGAAACCUGGUUGAGGGAGCACGAACAGCUGGUGGAGGAUGAAGCCCUGGGCCGGGACCUUAGCCAGAUCAGAGCAGCCCUGCAGAAACACAAGGCCCUGGAAGCCGAGCUCCGCCACCACCAGGCCAUGUGCACUGAUCUCGUGCGGAGGGGAUGCGACCUGGGAGCCCGCGGGCACCCCACGCGGCCAGACCCCAGGGAGCGGGCCCAGGCACUGCAGGGCGUGUGGCAGCGGCUCCGGGCCUCCACAGCCAGGCGGGGCGCUCGGCUGCAGGCGGCUAUGCUCGUCCAGGAGUACUUCAGUGAUGCGGCUGACGCGGCCUCGUGGCUGCGGGAGCAGCAGUCGGCUCUGGAGAGCGCGUCCCGCGGGCGGGACCAGACGGCCGCAGAGGCCCUGCUGCUGCGCCACCAGCGACUGGAGCGUAGCCUGCAUGCCUUCGGGACGGAGCUACGGCGACUGGACGAGCAGGCACGGGCGGCCGCAACCCAAGUGUCGCUUACCGUGGUAUCUGCCCUGAGCUCUCCAAAGGAAGGCCCGAGGAACCUCCGGACCUGGAGUGAGGUUUCCUGCCACUCUGGGCCCCCAAGCACUCAGAAGAUGGUCCUCUCCGCUGAGCUUGACCCUGACUUUGACCCUAACACCAUACUCCAGAUACAGGACUGCUUGAACCAGGACUAUGAGGGCCUGGGGGCCCUGGCAAAGCACCGCAGAGCUCAGUUGGAGGAGGCAGUGGCCCUAUUUGGCUUCUAUGACUCAUGUGGAGAGCUGCAGUCAUGGCUGGAGAACCAGACCGCACUGCUCCAAAUGCUGCAGCCCCAGGCGGAUGACUUGGAAGCCACUCGGCUCAAGUAUAAGAACUUCCUCACUGCCCUGGCUGUGGGAAGGGGCUGCUUGACUGAGGUCAGCAGCUCUGCUGAGCAGCUGAAGCAGAGAUGUCCUGAAGAUGCCCCCAGAAUUCAGCAACAGCAGGAGGAACUGAGCCAGAGGUGGGGGCAGCUGGAAGCCCUGAAGAAAGAGAAGGAAAUGCAGCUGGCACGCACCACGGACGUGUGCAGUUUUCUGCACAAGUGCAGAUCCACACAGGUCCAACUGCGAGACCUGAUACUCCGGCUGGAAACCCUGGAGCUGGGCCAGUCAGAGGACAGCCACCGCGUCCUGCAGCUGGCCCAGCAGAAGAUGCCGGCACUGGAGAGAAGCGUGUACCACUUGCAGAGGAUCACCAUCAAAGCUGAAGAGGCAGGCCCCACAGAGAAUCAGUGCCUGAGAGGACAGGUGGAGACGCUGCAGGGGCUGCUGGAGCAGGUACAGCAGCACGUGGCCCGACAGGCCAGGGCCCAGGCCGAGGCACGGACACGGCAGAGCUUCCUACAGGACAGCCAGCAACUGCUGCUGUGGGCGGAGGGCGUCUGGGCUCGGCUGCACAGUGAGGAGAAGGCGGUGGACGUGGCCUCGGCCCAGAGGCUGCUGAUGGAGCAUGGAGACCUUCUGGAGGAGAUACGGCUGCAGCAGGAGAGGUCUCUGCACCCCCAGGAGGAUGUGGGGGAGGCCCAGAGCCUGCUGCAGCAGCACCAAGAGUUUGGACACCUGCUGGGGAUCCUUGGGCCUCGAGUAGAGGCUCUGCGGGCACGUGGCGAGAAGCUGGCCCAGAGCCGACACCCUGCUGCGCGCAAGGUCAGAGAGCAGCUGCAGAGCAUCCAGGGACGGUGGACCGGGGUCCAGGAGAGGAGUGAGCAGAGGAAGAGGCAGCUCCUGGCCUCCCUCCAGCUCCAGAAAUGGAAACAGGAUGUGGCAGAGCUGAUGCUGUGGAUAGAGGAGAAGGGGCUGAUGGCAGCACAUGGGCCUUCCCAAGAGCCCAGCAACAUCCUGCAGCAACUCAAGCUGCACAGAGCAGCUGAGCGAGCGCUGCUGGCCACCUACGGGCACAUGGAGGCCCUGCAGCAGGUUGGGAGACAGCUGUUGAGCAGCAGGCUCCAUGCCCAGGAAGAUGUGCAGGGCAGCCUCCAGGGCCUGAGUAACAAGUGGGAAGAGUUGAAGCACAAGAUGGCAGAGCGUGGAGACAAGCUCCAAAAAGCUAGGCAGCAGGCCCAGCUUCUGCGGCUGCUGCAGGAUGCCAAGGAGAAGAUGGAGCAGCUGGAGGGGGCUCUGCAGAGUGCAGAACCAGGGCAGGACCUGGGCUCAAGCCGGCGGCGACAGAAACAGCACUGCCAACUGGAAAGCGAGAGCCAGGCGCUGGCCAGCAAGAUGGCUGCCCUCAUCGCCCAGGCAGAGCGGGGACUCACCUCCCAGACCGUCACGGAAGAGACCCAGAAGUACCUGCAGAGAUUCGAGUCCCUGCAGGAACAUCUGGCCACUGGGCACGUACAGCUGCAGGCCUCACUUGAGCUAUACCGGUUCUACCAGCUGAGCGACCUGGAGCUCACUUGGGUGGCUGAGCACAUGCCCAGAGCCAGCUCCACCAGCUCCACCGGAUGCUUGAAUGGUGCUCAGAGACUUUGCCACAAGCAUGAGGUGCUCCAGGCAGAGGUGAAAGCCCACCAGGGACAGGUGCAAUGGGUGCUGGGUUCCGGACGGAGCCUCGCAGCCUCGGGGCACCCCCAAGCCCAGCGCGUCAUGGAGCAGUGCCAGAAGCUGGAAGGCCUCUGGGCAGAGCUGGAACGGACAUGUGAGGUGCAGGCCCGGUGCCUACAGCAGGCUGUUGCUGUCCAGCAGUAUUUUCUGGCUGCAUCAGAGCUGGAGGACUGGGUGAAGGAGAAAUGGCCACUGGUGAGCAGUCAGGACUAUGGUGGAGACAAGGCGGCCACUGCCAGGCUCAUUGGGAAGCACCAGGCCCUACAGCAGGAGCUGGUUCUUUAUUGGAGCUCCAUGGAGAAGCUUGACCAGCGGGCCCACACCCUCACUGGCCCCGGGGCCCCUGAGCAGCUGGAAGUGGUGCAGGAGAGGCUUCGGGAGCAGCUGCAGGCGCUGCAGGCGUUGGCAAUCACACGGGGCCGGGAGCUGGAGGGGACUCUGAAGCUGCAUGAGUUCAUGGGAGAGGCCGAGGAGCUGUGGAGCUGGCUGGCUAGCCAGAAGCAGGUGGCCAGGGAAGGGGAGAGCCUCGGAGAAGACCAUGAGCACGUCCUGCACCUCCACACCAAGUUUGCAAAGUUUCAGCGCCAAGUAGAGUUGGGUGGCCAGCGGGUGGCAACCUGCCAGCAGCUGGUAGAGAGCCUGCUGGAGCUGGGGCACCGCGCUGCCCCCGACGCCCACCAGAGGCAGCAGGACCUGCAGGCUUCCUGGUCAGAGCUGCGGGAGCUGACCCAGGCCCAGGGCCACCGGCUCCAAGAUGCCGAGGUCACCCUCAGAGUUCACAGAGAUCUGUCGGAAGCCCUCAGGCAGGUCCAGGAGAAGACCACAAGCCUCCCCAAUGAUGUGGCCUCAGACCUGCGUGGGCUGGAGGCCCAGCUGAGGAGACACGAGGAGCUGGAGCAUGAGCUCCUGGGCACUGGGCGGCAGCUGCAGGAACUGCUGGAGACUGCGAGCAGGGUACAGAAGCUGGGUCGGGGACCCCAGGCCCAUGCGGUGCAGCAGAGGCAGCAGGCUCUGGUGAAGGCCUGGGAGGCCCUGAAGCUACACACGGAGCAGCGCCGGACUCAGCUGGAGCGGGCGUGCCUCCUGGCCCGUUUCCACAGAUCAGUGCAGGAAUGCACCUCCUGGGCGGCCAGAGUGUGGCAGGAGCUGCAGGGAGAGGAGAGCUCCAGGGAGCCCAGCAGUGGCCUUCUAAAACUCGUCACCCACCAACAGCUUCGGGCAGAGCUGGAAGCCCGGGACGAACUGCACCAGAGGGCCUCCGAGCUGGGCCAGCAGGUGCUUCUGGCUGCAGGGACACCCAUCAAGGAGGUCCAGGAAAUGCUGCAAGGCCUGCAGGAUGAGCGGGAACAGAUGUUCCAGGCCUGGGAACAGAAGGAAAAGAAACUACAAGCCAUGUACCAGGAGCAGAUCUUCCUCAGGAAGUGUAACCUCCUAGAUCAGAUCCUCACAGCCCAAGAGGUCUCCCUGAAAACCAGUGCCCUGGGGAGCUCAGUGGAAGAGGCAGAGCAGUUGGUGCGCAAACACAAGACCUUCCAGAAAGUUCUGACUGCCCAAGAUGAGCAGGAGGCAGCUCUGUGUGAGCAGGCGAAGACCCUUGGGGAUCCCAAGGUGCAGGAUGGGCUCCGCACAGUGCUAGAGCAUCGGGCUCGAGUGAAGGACCUGGCGGAGAGCCGGGGACGUGCCUUGCACACCUCUCUGCUGCUGACUGGCUUCACCACGGCCGUGACCCAGGCUCAGGUCUGGAUCCAGGAGCGAGUCCAGCAGCUGAAAGAGCCAAUCCGUCCCGGGGACCUGAAAGAUAACUUGAGACAUCUGCGGAAACACCAGGCCUUUGAGGCUGAAGUCCAGGCCCACGAGGAGGUGAUAAUCUCUGUUACCAAGGAUGGCGAGGCUCUCGUGGCACAGAGCCACCCUCAGGUAGGAGAAGUCUCCCAGAGGCUGCGGGUCCUGCAGGAACACUGGCAGAAGCUAAGGCAGGCAGUGGCUCUUCGGGGCCAGGACCUGGAGAACAAACGGAACUUCCUGGAGUUUCUGCAGAAAGCAGACCUUGCAGAUGCCUGGAUCCAGGAGACGGAGGCGAUGGUGGACAUGGGCGACCUGGGCCGGGACCUUGAGCACUGUCUGCAGCUCCGCAAGCAACUCCGCAAGCUCCGAGGAGUCUGGGCCCAGGACACAGUGGAGGACACCCACAUCAGGAGCAUCAAUGACUUGUCCCGGAAGCUCCAGAACCUGUGCCCUGAGCAAGUCAAGACCGUCUGCCAGCGGCGACACCAGCUGAACAACAGGUGGAAGAGUUUCCAUGACAACCUACUCCGGUACCAGCAGCAGCUUGAAGGGGCCCUGGAGACACACACAUUGUCGGGAAAGAUGGAUGACCUCACUGAGCGGAUUGGGGAAAAGGCCGCCCUGGUCCAGGCCCUGGACUGUGGGAAAGAUCCGGAGAGCGUGCAGAGGCUGAUACGGAAACACAAGGAGUUGGAGCAGGAAAUGGGCCUCAUCCAGGCCCAGGUGGAGUCCCUAGAGUGUGAGGUGGGCCGCCUCUGCCAGAGAAGCCCUGGGGCAGCCCGUAGCCUCAGCCACAAGCAGAGGGAGAUGACGGACAGUUGGUGGCAGCUCCGGAGUGGGGCCCAGAAGCGGAAGGAGUCACUGGAUGCCUUGCACCAAGCCCAGAAACUGCAAGCUGUGCUACGGCACUUGCUGGUCUGGGCCCGGAGGCUGCGGGCUGAGAUGGAUGCCCAGAGCCCCCCCCGCAGCCCUGCAGAGGCCCGGCGCAUGAUAGCGGGGCACUGGGAGCUCAAGGCCGAGCUGGACUCCCAGAGAGACAGCAUCAGCCUGGCCCGAAGCACUGGGCAGCGACUGCUUGCAGAUGGGCACCCAUCCACCCCCGACAUCCUCCAGGCCCUGGCUGGUUUAGACCAGGAGCUGAACACCCUGGAGAGGGCCUGGCAGGGGCACCAGCACCAGCUGCAGCAGGCCUUGGAGCUCCAGCUGAUUCUGAGUUCUCUGGAGCAGGUGGAAAGUUGGCUCUGCAGCCGGGAGGACUGCCCAGCUAGUGAGGGUCCGGGGGACCCUUCGGCCAACGUGGAGACCCUCCUGUGGAAGCACAAGGUGCUUGAGCGGGGUCUGGAGGCACAGGCUGAAAAGAUCAGUGCCCUGGAGGCGGCAGCCCACAGCCUGCAGCGGGGUGGGCACCCAGAGGCGCAGAGGGCCCUGGGCCAGUGCCAGGCCCUGCUCCUGAGGAAAGAGGCACUCAUAGAGCGAGCCGCGAGCCGUCGCCGCCAGCUGGAGGAGCUCGGGCAGCUGCAGACUUUCCUGCAGGACUCCUUGGAGGUGGCCACGUGGCUGAGGGAGAAGGACUCGGUGGCCCUGGACGAGGGCUGGAGGAACCCAGCUCUGCUGCAGACACAGCUGUGGAAGCAGAAGAGUCUCCAGGCCGAGCUAGACGCAAGUGUCCACCACCAACAAAGGCUGCAGGUGGAGGGGCAGAGGCUGCUGCAGGAGGGCCACCCAGCCUCAGAGACCAUCCGGGAACGGCUGCAGGAGCUGGGAGAGCUCUGGGACAGGCUGCAGGCCAACAGCCGGAGGAAGGCGGCCACACUUCAGGAAGCUUGCGAGGCCCUGCGUCUCCGGCGGAGUGUGGAAGAACUAGAGAGCUGGCUGGAGCCUGUGGAGGUCACGCUGAGAGCCCCCAUCCCGGGCCGGGACCAGCCCGGGUUGGACGAGCUCUUGGGGGCUCAGGGCGGGCUGGAGGCGGCAGUAGACAGGCAGGCCGGGCAGGUGCAGCUACUGCUGGGCCAGGCUCAGGUCUUGACGCGGGAAGGCCACUGCCUCGCCCCAGAUCUGGAAGACCGGGCCCAGAAGCUGCUGCGGAGGUUUGAGAGCCUUCAGGAGCCCCUGCGGGAGCGCAGAGAGGCCCUGGAGGCUCGGAGCCGCCUCUCGCAGUUCUUCAGGGAUGCUGAAGAAGAGAUGGCAUGGGUGCAGGAGAGGCUGCCUCUGGCCGCCACCCAGGACUGCGGGCAGAGUCUGAGCGCCGUGCGGCACCUGCAAGAGAAGCACCAGAACCUGGAGAGUGAGAUCAGCAGCCACGAGGCCCUGACUCAGGCCGUGGUGGACGCAGGACACAAGCUAGUGCGGGCUGGGCACUCGGCCUGUGACGUGGCUGUCCGGGUACAGCAGCUGGAGAAUGCCAUGGGCUCCCUACGGGCACAGGUGACGCAGAGGCGGCUGCUGCUACAGCAGGCUCAGGAGGCCCAGCAGUUCCUGACAGAGCUCCAGGAGGCAGAAUCCUGGCUGGAAGAGCAGGGCCGUGUCCUGGACAUCGAGGAUGUGGGCCAGAGUGCCGAGGCCACGCGCGCCUUUCUGCGGCAGCUGGAGGCCACCACGAGGGACCUAGAGGGGUUCAGCAUGCGAAUUGAGAGGCUACAGCAGACAGCCGCUCUCCUUGAGAGCAGACAGAACCCAGAAAGCCCCAGGGUGCUGGCCCGGAUGCGGGCGGCGAGGGAGGCCCACUCGGGGCUGCUGCAGAGGGCAGAAGGCAGGCGGCAGGGUCUGCAGGAGCAGCUACAGCUCCACCAGCUGGAACGGGAGGCCCUGCUCCUCGACGCCUGGCUGGCCAGCAAGGUGGCCACCGCUGAGUCCCAGGACCACGGGCAGGACCUGGAGGCUGCCAAGGUGCUGGAAGAGAAGUUUGAUGCUUUCAGAAAGGAAGUUCAGAGCCUGGGCCAGGCCAAGGUGCAGGCCCUGAGGGAGCUGGCAGGCUCCCUGGAGCGGACAGCACGCAGGCACAAGCCCCAGAUUCAAGCCCAGAGGAGUCGCAUCGAGGCGACUUGGGAAAGGCUGGACAGGGCAAUGAAAGCCCGCACACAGAGCCUGGCCACAGCCUGUGAAGUUCUUGGCUUUGAGCAGGAAGUGGCCCAGCUCCAGGGCUGGAUGCAGGAGAAGGUCACCCUGAUGGCGAGAGACAUCUGUGGCCACAGUCUGUCAUCGGUGCAGACCUUACAGCAACAGCACAGGUGCCUGGAGAGGGAACUGGCAGCUGUGGAGAAGGAGGUGGCCCGGAUGCGGAUGGAGGCCUGCAGACUGGGCCAGCUACACCCUGUGGUUCGGGUGGGCCUGUCUGAGCAGCUGGCCAAGAUGGAAGAUGCCUGGGCCACCCUGGACGUGAAGGCCCAGGAGCAGGGUCAGCAGCUGGAGCAGGCCGCCCGGGGCCAUGCCUUCCUCGGCCGCUGUAGGGAACUGCUAGCAUGGGCUCAGGAGAAGCAGGUUCUGGCUUCAUCACAGGAGCUGGCUGGGGACCUGGUGGGGGCCGAGCAGCAUUUGGUGCAGCAGGAAGAGCUGGGGCAAGAAAUCAAGGAAUAUUGCCUUCGGGCCCAGGACGUACGGCAGGAAGGACAGCAGCUGGUGGACAGUGGCCACUUCAUGUCCCCCGAGGUGACAGGGUGUCUGCGGGAGCUGGAAGGGCAGCUGCAGGCACUGGCGGAGGCCUGCGCCCUACGCCAGGAGCGCUGCGAGGAGAACUGGGGCCUGCAGAAGCUGCGGCAAGAGCUGGACCAGGCCGAGGCCUGGCUGGCCUCCCGAGAGGGCCUGCUGCUGGACCCCAACUGCGGGCACUCGGUGGCCGACGUGGAGCUGCUGCUCCAUGGACACCAUGACUUAGAAAAGUCACUGGCAGCCCAGCAAGAGAAGUUUGCCCAACUGCAGAGGGAGACAGGGGUGGAACAGAAGCUGCUGCAGCAGGGGACAGGGCUGAAACCCAGGAGUGCUGGCCACCAGUUUACCUCCCUCCAGCAUAGGCCUCUCGGAAGCUGGGGGCCAGUACAGCUGGCUGAGACAAGGGACCUGCAGCCAGGUGAUGCAAAGGGUGCCCCCACCAUGGAAGGGUUUUUGGAGCUCAAGCAGCAAUGGCCUGCAGAGAGGCAGCCCAGCUCAAGCCCCUGGGAUUGCUGCUGUGGGACCCUGGGGGGCAGUUCCCUGAGCCUCUUCUGGGAUAAGAAGACUGCAGCAGAAAACGUGGCCCCCGUGGACACCCUUGAUCUCACAGGAGCCCAGUGUGAGAGGCUGAGGUACUGGAGUGGCAGGAAAUAUGCUUUCUCCAUAAGGCUGAGCAGUGGGGUGGAGAUCCCAUAUGCAGCACCAUCAGAACAGCAUGCCUGGAGCUGGCAUCGAGCCCUGAGUGGCACGGCAGCCCACUGUCUGAGCCUGGAGCACCGAGCCAGACCUCUGGGCUUCACUGUUGAGCCCACUGCUGAGAGGGCGCCCAAGACAGCCGCCUGGCUCAGCUUCCAAGGCUGGCCCCUGACCACCUCAGUGAGGGAGCCGCAUGUGAGUGCUGACGGUCAGCUGCAGCCCAUGGAGUUGCUGCAGGCUGCUGGCCUUGCCCAGGAACCUGUCCAAGGCUCCCACCGCCUUUCCUGCCCAGGCCAAGCCCAAGGUCUGGGCCCUGAAGCAAACCCUGAGAUGGCACCAAACCUCGAGGUUACAAACAAGGACAGCCUCUAG